CUGGAAAGGCGGGAUAUCCGGUUUUUACUAUAUCCGGUGAAACACACGAGUGUACGGCUGCUAAUUAUACUUCUGUAGUAAUUUAAGUUUACCAAAACAGGAUUGUAUUACUUACCUACGCUGAGAAUAGUUAGAUCUUUUACACGAAGAUAAAAUGAAUAUUCGAAAUGCCCGGCCGGAAGAUCUGAUGAAUAUGCAGCAUUGUAAUUUGCUGUGUCUUCCAGAGAAUUACCAGAUGAAAUACUAUUUCUAUCAUGGACUGUCCUGGCCGCAGCUUUCCUACAUAGCAGAGGAUGAAAAUGGUAAAAUUGUGGGAUAUGUCUUGGCAAAAAUGGAGGAGGACCCAGACGAUGUCCCACAUGGGCAUAUCACUUCACUGGCCGUGAAGCGCUCUCACAGGCGUCUAGGUUUGGCCCAGAAGCUCAUGGAUCAGGCCAGCAGAGCCAUGAUUGAAAAUUUCAAUGCAAAAUAUGUCUCUCUGCACGUCCGCAAAAGUAACCGAGCAGCGCUGCAUCUAUAUUCCAAUACACUAAAGUUCCAGAUCAGUGAAGUGGAACCCAAGUACUAUGCUGAUGGAGAGGAUGCUUAUGCGAUGAAGAGGGAUCUAGCUCACAUGGCAGGAGAGCUCCGGAGGCCAGGAGUUCGAGUGUGGGGUACAGAAAACCCUCCUUCCCAGAGUCUCCCUGCCUCUGGUCAGUCCACAAGCCUGGAGGAACAGGAGCGAGAAGGAGAACGGGACAGUGGGGGCGAGAGCAAGGAUAUGAGUGAGGUCAGCGAGGCCACAGAGAGCACAGACAUCAAAGACUCCUCUUCUGACUCCUAAUGGUGCAACCUUCCCUCAACUGAGUGGCAGUCCUCCUCUUGUCACAUUUUAACCAUUUAUCUAGCGUUUGGCUCUUUUUAUGACAGACUUCUUCCUUUUGUUCACAUAAACCAGGACAUCUUCAUUAUUUUUCGUUAUCACACAGAAUGGUAGAGAAUUUGGAAAAUGUCUAGAUGUUAUGGUUUGCCUCAUAAUUAAAAGUUAUCACACAUGAGCAGAAAUUGAAAAAUAAAUUAAUAUAAGAAAGCUUGUCAAUAUUUGUUUCAGGUGACUAAUGGCAUGACAUAUAAGGGGUGAACAAAAUAACAGGAAACCCCUAACAUAUUAAGGAGAAGCACCACCCAUUACCUUCAGAACCGCUUCAGUUUCUAUUGGAAUGCUGUACUGUAAGUUCCCAACUCUGUGUAGUGCAGUGGUUCUCAAUACUGUUCCUGGCUCCUUUUCAUUUCAACCCUACCUUAAUUAGGCCCACAUGGUCCUUAAUCGGCUAAUAAUGAAUGUGGCAGGUUGAAAGCAGUGUGGGUCAGAAUGAAAACAUUCUGUCGGGGGCAGCAGCAGGAACAGGAUUGAGAACCAUUGGUGUAGUGGAACAUUGAACCAUUCACUGAGGAGAAGUAUUCAGUUUGUCAGGAAGGAGAUGGAAAUCUACUUUACGCUUGCCCUUAGAAGUCAUAAAGGUUAAAUAUAAUAAACCUAGAGACAGGUGUAGCCAUUGAAGGACAUCAACUUAAUCUGGAUUUUUACGAAACUACUCUUGUUUAGCUAUCUGGAUGUGUGGCAUCGUAACGUAGCAAUAUUUGUACAGUAGAGUGCACCUGGUUCAGUAAAAUGGCCUUAUUCGAUGCUUUUGAUCAUGAAGUGCGGUCAUCAGUCAGAAUGACUUCCAUGAAAUGGCUGCCCAAAUAGUUAUGUAUCCCCACAGUCGUCUUUAACCCAAAAUGGCAUCCAUGGCUUUCUCCAAAUAUAAACCCAUUCAGAUGUAGGAAAAAAUUGAUUCAUCAGACUAUUACUUUAUGCAGUUAUUCAGCAAUCCAGGUUCUCUGCUACUUAUGGCUGGUUAAUCCUGCUGAUAGGUUUUCAGCCUAAGAUGACUCACUUUUGUAGCUCGGUUUGUAUAUCACCUUCUGCAGAUGUACAUUUCUGUCCAUCAUACACCUCCUUAUAAACGUUAAUUUUGUUUUCAACU